UUCUUAAAAGUUUUCAUUCCUUAACCCACUGCCUACUUGAGUGGACAAAUCAUUUCCAAAUUUCUCUUUAAAAUAUUUCCAAGAAAAUGGGGGUUCUUAACUGCUUCUGUGGUUCACUGCAGACUUGGACGAAAGUUGUCGCAAUUUUGCAAAUUAUUAUGGUAUCAGCUUCACUUUACGCUGGCGUCAGUAUUCUCAUUACUGGUGAUCGUCUCACACACGCCGAUCCAACUGCCCCCAACGGAACCACGGCCGGGGGGAUAGCGACAACCACGUCGGAUUCUCAAUUUGACCCGACCUCAACCCAUCCCUCAGACCGUUUCAAUUCUGUCAACAAAUCCGCCAUGAUCCAAGCCGUGGAAGACUUGAAACAGAGUACGAUUAAACUGGUGAACCUUAUCGGUGAAAUCUUAAUCAUGGUCAGCACUUACGUCAUUCUGAAGGGACUCGUCAACCUGGUCUUGUCCAUCAUUUUGUUCCACGGGGCGUCAAAGCGAAUCGUUGGCAAGUGUCGACCCUGGCUCAUCGCGCAAGCCAUCUUUCUCUUUCUGGAGACCGGCUUCUAUUUUGUGAGCUUGUCAUCCUCCUAUUCUGACGAACGUGCCGCCUGUAUCGGAGCUGUUGGGCUUAUCAUCAACGCGUACUGCAUGUGGGUCGUGUACGCUUUCAUAAAUGAGUUGCGGGGGGAAAAAGCAGCCAAUAAGCGGGUGGGACUUGGGAAAGCAUGUCAUGAAGAAAAGGAGUGUUUUUGCGCUUUUGCCCAUUUUCAUUUUUAAAAGGGAAAUAUAUAGCAAUUGGUUUUGAAGACAUAGAAUUUAAUAAAAUUUUGACGUGCGUGCAAGCUUAAGUACAAUUUUAGACACAAUUUAACUGAUUUGCAUGCAAUAUUAACUAUACUACUUAGUAUGCAUAAAUAAAAUAUGUUUUCUUGUGCUGCAUUUUUGGGGAGAUGUAUCUGUUGCCCGUUAUUUCUUACGAUUACGAAGCUAAUUAAAUACCAUUCUGUAAAAUGAGUCGUUAAAAUGAGAACUUUUGUGAAUAAAUUAUAUCUGCAUGCAAA